AUGGCCAUUCCACUUCCCGAGAAAGAACUGACCAAAUCCGCUGACAACGCUACUGGUUCCAACACCAGCAACCUCGACGGAACUGCCAAAGAACCCUAUCCCACCUCGAUUCCAACCAUUAUCGGCAACGUUAACAUCUCUAAAGAAGAGGCUGAGCGUUUGUACGAAGAGCGAAUCGAGGACGAAUACGCCAAGCGAGAGGGCGGAGCAUAA